CUGAAACGGCCGGGGUGGCGGGGACCAGCGCCUGCCGAGCCCCUCCCACCUUGCCCCGGGGCCGAGAGCGGCGCCCCGGCACCCCCUCUUCUCCCGCCGCCCGGCCAGCGCCACCCCCCGCGGGCUGCAGGGGCUCAUGCAGCCGCCAAGGGAGAGGCUAGUGGUAACAGGCCGAGCUGGAUGGAUGGGUAUGGGGAGAGGGGCAGGACGACCAGCCCUGGGAUUCUGGCCGACUCUCGCCUUCCUCCUCUGCAGCUUCCCCGCAGCCUCCUCCUCGUGCAAGAUCCUCAAGUGCAACUCUGAGUUCUGGAGCGCCACGGCGGGCAGCCACGCGCCGGCCGCGGACGACGCCCCCGAGUUCUGCGCGGCACUGCGCACCUACGCCCUGUGCACGCGGCGGACUGCGCGCACCUGCCGGGGGGACCUGGCUUACCACUCGGCGGUCCAUGGCAUCGAGGACCUCAUGAGCCAACACAACUGCUCCAAGGAUGGCCCCACGUCGCAGCCGCACCUGCGCACGCUGCCGCCGCCCGGGGACAGCCAGGAGCGCUCGGACAGCCCGGAGAUCUGCCACUACGAGAAGAGCUUCCACAACCGCGCGGCUGCCCCCAACUACACGCACUGCGGCCUCUUCGGGGACCCGCACCUCCGGACUUUCACAGACCGUUUCCAGACCUGCAAGGUGCAGGGCGCCUGGCCGCUCAUCGACAAUAAUUACCUGAACGUGCAGGUCACCAACACACCGGUGCUGCCCGGCUCGGCGGCCACUGCCACCAGCAAGCUCACCAUCAUCUUCAAGAAUUUCCAGGAGUGUGUGGACCAGAAGGUGUACCAGGCUGAGAUGGACGAGCUGCCGGCCGCCUUCGCAGAUGGCUCCAAGAACGGUGGGGACAAGCACGGGGCCAACAGCCUGAAAAUCACCGAGAAGGUGUCGGGCCAGCACGUGGAGAUCCAGGCCAAGUACAUCGGCACCACCAUCGUGGUGCGCCAGGUGGGCCGCUACCUGACGUUCGCCGUGCGCAUGCCCGAGGAGGUGGUCAACGCCGUAGAGGACCGCGACAGCCAGGGCCUCUACCUCUGCCUGCGGGGCUGCCCCCUCAACCAGCAGAUCGACUUCCAGGCCUUCCGAGCCGGCGCGGCCGAGGGCCCUGGCGCCCUUCAGCCGCCGGCCGCCAGCCCCGCGCCCCCAGCCCCGGACACCUUCCCCUACGAGACGGCCGUGGCUAAGUGCAAAGAGAAGCUGCCCGUGGAGGACCUGUACUACCAGGCCUGCGUCUUCGACCUGCUCACCACGGGGGACGUGAACUUCACACUGGCCGCCUACUACGCCCUGGAGGACGUCAAGAUGCUUCACUCCAACAAGGACAAGCUGCACCUGUACGCGAGGACUCGGGAGCCGCCAGGCCGGGCGGGGGCAGCCCCUGGGCCGCCCCCGGCCCCCUGGCCCCUUCUCGGCACCCUCCUGCUCCUGGCCUUGCUCCCCGCGCUCCUGGGGGCCGCCUAGGACAGACCGCGGGGGCGGCCCCUCACUGCAUGGGGUCUGGUGGCUUCCUGCUGGCCCCGUGGGCCCCGCGGGGGACAGUUACCUCCCCGCCGCCUUGGGCUGCCUGCUGGCGAGGGCUGGGGGCAUGGGAUGUCUCCUCUUUGCCCCUCCCCCGGGGGACCCGCUACUGGGGGUGGUGGCGACGGGUGCUGUGACGUGUGUGACCUCCAGCUGUGCAGAGAACAAGCUGCCCCCCUCCCUCCGCCCCCAUCUCCGCGCUCCCCACCGUGUGAAUGUGCAGAUCAGAGCCCCAGCCCCCACGGGAAGCCCCCACCCCAUGCCAGAGACCCUGGGCGGGGCAGCAUGUCAAGCUGCUCCCACCCCUGCGAUGCACUGAGAGAGGCCCGGCUGACUGCUGCACACGUACCCCCGGGGCCGCCUGCACCCACGCACGCACACACACUCUACACACUCGCACACACGGGGGCGGGGGCGGGGGCGGGGGCGGGCCCAGGCCCAGGCUGGACCCCCGAGCAGGGCAUCCCUUCCUGCUGGGCCUUUAGGACACGCCCCAGGGCGCUGCUUGGCGUCUGUAGAAAACUGGGGGAAUCCUUUGGCCAAAACGUUGCACCCUCCCCAUGCCUUCCCGCCCGUGGCCUCCCCGUGAGCCCAGGAGAGACCACCAGGCGCCCCCCAGCUGGGCACGGGUUCGGGCCCCCGUGACCGGGCCCCCUACAUGUUGGCACGCGCUCUGAGCAAUGACCUGCUCUGGCCCCUUACUCCCACCGCCUGUCCUUCCAUCCCCCUUCCAGUCUACCGUCCUUAGGAAGUCGAACCUUUGCUUCUAAAUUGUCUACAUGGAGAACGACCGCCUUGAUGUUUGGUCUUCCCCAGCAGGUGGUAAGAUCCAGUGGGCAGGGAAUCUGGGGCUGCAGGCUGUGAACCGGGGACCCAGCGGAGAGGGCUAGCUGGCCUGCCCUCAUCCUCUGCUUUCUCCUCGCUUGCCCCCACUCCCAGAGCCCUGCUCCCCACCCUGCCCACCCACACAUCUGCCUUCCGGGGCGAGGAGCGGGAGGAUAUCUCAACCCUUAGCAUCGGUGGCAGGGUCCCCUCUGGCUCGGACUUCCUCUUAAGCCCCGCGUCCACACGGAGACUUCCCCACUAUACGUCAGCCAGGCUGUCCAUCCGAGGAGCCCCAGACCACUCCCGCCUCCGCUGCUGUUUCAGAGACCCCUAGAGGCCGCCGCGGGCUGGGCUCCGCCCCCAAAGGCGUGGCCGUGCCCCCGAGGGCCCCCUUCCGCAAGCCCUGCACCCCCCAUCACUGUCCCCCCGCCGGCCGCCCUCUGCUGACCCCGGGGACCUCUCAUACACUGGCCCAGGAGGCUGCGGACUGGUCCCCGCCUCCCAUUCCAAGAGGUCCCCUCGGAGCCCUGCCAAGCCGCGCGCUGGGCGGGCGGGCGGCGGGAGUGUGGCCCCGGCCCCUCCCUGCUGGUUUUUAGUUGGUCCCUACGUUGGAAGUAAAAAGUGAAGCACUUUAUUUUGGUUGUGUUUGAUCACGUUCUGCUUGGAAGUGGGGGCCCCUCACUGUGUCCCGCGUCUGCGACCUGUGUGGAGUGUCACCGCGUGUACAUACUGUAAAUUAUUUAUUAAUGGCUAAAUGCAAGUAAAGUUUGGGGGUUUUUUUGUUUUGUUAUUUUC